AUGCAGCGGCGGGCGCGCUCGGGGCGUCCCCGCAGCCCCGUCACCGAGCGCUCGGGGGCGGCGCCGGGCCCGGCCCGCCAGGCUGCCCCCGGGGCUCGGAGCCUGGCACGCAGCUGGCCCGGAGCCGGGCGGCGGGCGGGAGGGCGAGCCCGGGCGCUGCCCGCGCUGAGCGUCCCCUGUGCACUGUCCAGGCCGGCGGCGCUGUACUGCAUGAACGAGGCGGAGCUGGUGGAGGUGGCCCUGGCGGUCUUGGCCGAGAAUCUACAGUGCGAGGAAGGUGAAGAGAACGCCCGGUCCAGGAGCGAAGAGGAGCAGGAGAUCCCGCCAACACCAAACGAGGUUCCUGGAAGCACGGCCAACACGGAUGGAGGAAGUGACCACGGUCCAGCACUUCCAUCCCCUCCUGGUGCUGGUGCUGACACAAAGAGGACAGGCAGGGAGAACUCUGAGGACGAUGUCCUGAAAUACGUCAGGGAGAUCUUUUUCAGCUGACAUCUCUGACUUCCCAGGAGAAGAGGGCACAGUGGGGAGGAUGUCUCCUCCCGCGGCCCUGGGAACGGCGGGAGGAGGGCCCAGAUGGGGCUGUGCAUCCAUCUGCUGUGUUGGUGCCCUGUGUAGCUGGUAGGAUACCCAGGAAGGCCAGAGGGGGAAAGGAAGGAGGUGCUCUGUUCUCCCACUCUGUGCUGGGCUCAGUGGGAUUUGGCUCCAGAUUAGGAUGUGUUCAUUUCUGUUUCACAUUUCAGAGCAUGGACAGAUAAAAGAGGACAUUCUGGUUUCUGUGAGCAUCCCUUUGGUGGGUUGGUGUUGGGCAUAGAGGGGAGCAGGGAGCUGCUGACCUGGAAGACCUUUGCUGGCAGAGCUACAUGGUCAUGGUUCAGCCUUGGGGGCUCCCUUGUCCUUGUGGUCCCUGUGUCACAGCUGCAGUGGGGCCUGGCAGGCUGUUCCCAUUGGGCCUAGUGCUGAGUUUGCCUCCAGACUCCAGCAGUCUUCCCAAUGCUGAGGAACACGUGUGGGAGCCCAGUGGCAGGGGCCGGGACUACCCUGAGGGGACUGGCCCCAUGGCAGCGUGCAUGGAGGUCUAGGAAUGAAGAUGGCUCAGUAUCCUCUUCCCAGUAAAAAAAAAGGACAGGAAGGGAUGAAGAUGGCUCAGUAUCCUCUUCCCAGUCAAAAAAAAGGACAAACCACAUGAGGCCAGCUGUGAGAACAUGUAUUGAAAUGAAUCGGUCAAAUCAGCAUCACCAGCCGCAUCCCCACUAAGGCUGAAGCAAGAGAGAAAACAGACCCUCAUGUCCCUUGAAACAAAUUCACUCAACUGCAAAGAAUAUCACUGUUAAGCAGGCAUUCUUUAUUUACAUAAGUUCACCCAGCCACGGGAUGAAUUAAUGCAGUGUAUACUCACAAAGCUGUUACAUAUUCACUACACAGAAAAGUCAAUAACAUAAAACUCCUAUUUUGAAAAAUGA